AUGGGCUGCUCUUCCCUUUCCCUUUCCACCCACCACUUGCCCCCACGAAGGAAGGUUAAGCACAGACUGCCUUCCCCCACAGGGCUGCUGACCUUGCUGAUAUCCUCUGUCGCUCCACCAGUGCCUCCUGCUCAGGGCAGUCCCCUGUCAGACCAGGAGUACCAGCUCUUUUUUGCCACCCUGCAGCCCUCCUGGCAGGUGGAGGUGUCCUGCCAGCUGCGUUUGACACGUGGCUGCCUCAGCCCCUCCAUAGUGGAACUAGACCAGGAGGAGAACCAUGGAAGCAUCCCUGAAGGGCCGAUAUGCUCUGACUUCCCAGAGGCACCGUGGUUUCAGACCUUCUGCCAUUUCGCUCAGUACCGCUGCUUGAAACGCCACUUCUACAACAAGCGAAUCCCGUGUCCAAGUUUGUUUCAUCCAAAAAAUCUUCUCCUCCCAAUGGAGCAACCCCAUCCUUUGAACUCCUGGGCAAAGGACAGAAGCUCCUCUACAGACAAAGCUCUAGGGCAGACUUCUCCUUUGCCUAUUGGUGCUCUGCUGAGGACCAGCGUGGACACUCUCCUGAGGUACUCUAAAGAACUGUCAGGUCAGAAACCGCUGCCAACACUCUCACCGACCAUGCCAAAGGUGCUGAGCUCCCCAAAAGACACGGAGCUGCCUGUACUCCCACCAACCAUGUCCGUCUCAACUACCUCUGCUUCCUCAACUCCUGGACUGGAAACUCCUGCCCAGACUAAGCAAGACUGGACACAACACUUAAAGGACAGCAUCUUGCAGCUGAUACACUUGACCUUCUCCUUGGAGACGUCCCUGGGCAACAGGGGCUCUUCUCUGGACCACAGCUUCAGUUCACACGCAGGGACAUCAGGCAGCAUGGAGGAGGUGCAGGAAAUUGUCCCACCAGGCAGCCUUCUAGCCCUGAAGAAUGAUGAAGCAGUAAUGAUACUGUGCUAUGCAGUGCUGGAGGGAAACUGUCUCUCAUCAAUGGUCACCCAUUUCUGGAAGGAGAUUGAAGAAAGAGUCCAUGGGUUUGGAGAUUCGGUGUGUGACAGCCUUGGUCGGAGUCACAUGGACCCAUGCCCUACCUGUGCUUUCUGCUCGCUGAAGAGGGAACAGUGUCAGAACAUCAAAAACCUGUACCGUGUUCACUGCAAGACAGGCAGCUUUACCACCUACAUCAACCCUCAGAUCUCAGCCCAAUACCAGGCUGCAGCCAACAAGACCAGCUCCCCAGAGAUCUCCCAACAAUUUGUCACAAAGGUUUUCAAUGGGAUGAGGCUGGAGUACUGGUGCAGCUGGAUGGCCACCCAGGGCUGUGAUGACCCUCAGGUGGCCCUCUGGCUGAAGGCAGAGUACACCAACUUCCCAGAUAGAGGUGACCCAAGCCAGAUCUGCGACUCAGAAGGAAUUCAGCACCCCAGCUACUGUGCAUUCAAGAGCCACCAGUGUCUGCAGAAGAGCCUCUACAACCAGAAGGUGUCUCGCCAGAGCUGCCACAGAAACAGGACAUACCGGGUGCUGAGUGAGAAGGAGGGAGAGGAGGAGGUGCGGCUGUGGCGCCAGAGAUUCUUCCGCCUCACCAGGGGAUGA